GCUUCACAACAACCUCCAAGUGUCCUCUUCCUCUCGCUAGAGCCGCUGGUCCUCCCCACGCCGAGCUACCUGCGCGCUCUUCCGCCCUGCCAUGCCAUGAAAAGAGCGCAAUCUCCCCUCGGACGGCAAUAAUGUCUAAUGCGACGAGCUACAAGCAGCAGAAGGAGGACUUUGUCUCCAACCUCUCCGGCGGCCCCGUGUCCGAAAUCAACCAUGUCACGGCCGUCGCGGCAGUAGCGGUGCUGCUGUGGUCCGUUCUGCAGUCGCGGCAGUCCUUCUUCAAGCCUUACUCUCCGAUAGGCUUCGUCGUCGACUUCGGCCUCAAUGUCGGCGCCUUCCUCCUCGCCACGACGCUCUACUCGAGCACUCCGCUACUCCUCAAUCUCCUUCUCGUCGCUCCGAUUGCUCUGGUAUACAUGCUUCCUCCGAAUACGGGCGCGAGGAAAAAGAAGCCCAAGGUCCCGCCAUCGGCCGAGUCCAAGGCCGGCUCUAAGCACCUCUCGGCUCUGCCGUUGAAACCAUUCCUCACGACGUAUCGUGGCUGCAUGAUGGUCGCGACCUGCGUAGCCAUCUUGGCGGUAGACUUUCGCCUCUUCCCGCGACGGUUUGCCAAGGUCGAGACGUGGGGCACGUCACUCAUGGACAUGGGGGUCGGGUCGUUUGUUUUUGCGAGCGGCGUCGUUGCAGCGCGUCCCGUGUUGAGCGAGCGGUUGUCGGGCCGUGCAACACCGCUGCACCGACGCCUCUUGUACUCUGCGCGUCACUCUGUUCCCCUACUGGUGCUUGGAGUCGUUAGGCUGCUGAGCGUCAAGGGGCUCGACUAUGCGGAGCACGUUACUGAGUACGGCGUGCACUGGAACUUCUUUUUCACACUCGGCUUCCUCCCACCCUUUGUGGCGGCGUGUCAGGCCGCGCUCAGAAUCGUCCCCUCAUACGCCGUCUUGUCCCUCUUGGUGGGCGGCAUCUAUCAGGUGCUCCUCGAGAACACCGACCUCAAGGCGUAUAUCCUCAUUGCUCCGCGGACAAACCUGAUAUCCAUGAACAGGGAGGGCAUCUUUAGCUUUCUUGGAUACCUGGCCAUCUUCUUGGCGGGACAGGACUUGGGCAUGUUCAUCAUUCCGCGGAACAUCAACCCCAGGAGCAAUGCCAGCGCGGGCAUGCAGCGCAACACUCUCCUCAUGACCAUGGCCGUGUGGGCAGGCAUCUGGACGGCGCUGUACUGGCUGUCAACGAGCUACUCGUACGGGCUUGGCCUGAGCGUGUCCCGCCGGUUGGCCAACCUGCCGUACGUGCUGUGGGUGGCUGCCUUCAACUCUGUGCAGAUACUGGCAUUUUGCUGCAUUGACACCGUCUUCUUCCCCGCAGUCUACAACGCGGCGGACCCCAAGACGGAGAAGGAGGCCUACGAAGCGGCAACGAGCCGCGUGCUGCGCGCCUUCAACCGCAACGGCCUGGCGGUGUUCCUGCUUGCCAACCUGCUGACUGGUCUGGUGAACAUGACGUUUCGCACGCUCGAGGCGACGCCCAUCAUGACCAUGGCCAUACUACUUGGGUACACAGCGACGGUAACGGGUGUCGCCGUCGCGCUGGACGCGUACAACAUCUCGAUCAAAUUGUAGCUGAGAAGCGUCACCAAAGGUUGAACGCGCCUCGCGGGACGCGACACGGCGGACGCGACACAGUCCUGAGUCAGUCAGGUUGCUUUGACAUGCUCUCUUCUCAUGCCAUGACGAACAUGGUAUUGAGCCCGAAAUGCCGGCGAGCAAGGCAUUAUAGGAGGGAGCACUUAUAGCGAGAACAGCCCCACGUGUUUAAUGCUUGGCAAUGGUAUGUUUUGCAGGCGUAAUGCCUGGUGGGUGUUCGCAUGAGACUGGAUGAUGUCAAUCUCCAUUAAAAGAAACAAGACGUGGACUCGCGCUUUGUACUACGUACUAGCUGAACCACGCCGCCGCCGUCUGGAGAACAAUCCAAAGCCUUGAAACGCGAUCUGACUCGUAUCGAACGCUGGCGUCUGGUCAGGCCCUCCGCAGCCGCUAAGCAGGGCCAUGAGCAAACGCAAGCAGGCCCAGCACAAUGGCCCCCCCUGGUCAGAUCUGAGCACGAUCGUCAGCCUUGCGCCCGGGAUAACAUCAGGAAGGGCUAGAAAAUAAACAAAUAAAAAAAAAGGAUGGGACGGUCCAAGCCAAGGCGUGGGACGGCGCUCAUUUCCGGACGUCAAUGCCUCGGGAAGAGGGGGGGGGGGGGUUGCCCUUGUCUGCGCCACCUCCUCUGACCGCUUCGGUGUGCGCGACGGGCUCACGAUGGCCCGCUGCUUGGCGGAGGAGCGUCUGUAGCGUGGUGUCGCGGCUCACGGCCAGAGUAUUUCCAAUACGAGGAACCCGUUUGCGCUACAGCCUACGGCUGCCGGGCCCAUGUGCAGACGUGGUUGUGCGCCGCGCGGGCGUGUGUGUGUGUGUGCAUGUAGUUAUUGGCAUAUAUACAUGCACAUACAUGCGCGCGGUGGGUUGGGCUGACGUGCGAGGUUCAUGCACGCACGCCGUCGGGGCGGUGGAAAUUGGGGUACGAUGGAGUGCUUUCCGUACGUCUUUGUACGUAACCUUGUGGCCAUGAUCAAUCGGCGGAGAGAGGGGGGGUCUCACAUGCCUCGAGCACAUGUCUCGGAAUGGAGGACGGUGCUGCGCUGCGCUGCUUGUGACGGAGCCGCCGCCGGCAGCACCACCAUGACCACGACGGGCACCACCACCACCGCCACCAGGAAAGCGGACGCGAGAUUGCAGGCCAGAAUGAACUUGCAUGUGCGAACGACAGGCAGACAGACAAGCUACAUACAACCGCC